AUGAAUCGGCUGAUGAGGCAGGCCGUGCUGCCUCCGGACUCUGCUACCACCAAAUUGGCCUCCCAAGCGUUCAAAGACGUCCUGGUCGUAUCUCAUCGACAUCGAGAUGAGGGAACAGCUGUCACAUCCCACGCACGCAGACUUCCCGAGGCGCCCCCGAUGGUGGCGGCCGGGCUGCAUUUCCGGUCGGGCACUACAUCACCACCCGCUGCAUCUCCCGGCGAAUCCUCUCCCAUGCCUUCCCGCCGCGCCGGUCUGCUGCCAGGACAAGCCUGUCAACCGCUGUCCGUCUCGUUAUCACGGGUGCCCCCGUUUGGAGAGCGGUCGCGUCUCCUCCACUCGCCCGUCUCCAACCUUUAA